AAAACCGGAAAUAGUACAAAAGAAAAUGAAAGUGUCUGAAUUCCACUCGAAAACAUUUUGCUUUACAACCUCAAGAGAACGCGUAUAAUGUUGCAGAGUUUAAACGGUGCUAUGUGAGAAACUGUAGUCGAGCCUGUGGUGAAUAAAUCACAGAAUGAGAAAAGACUGGACCGAUGUAAAUCUGACGGACUCGCGCAAUGUCUGCAAUAACAAGAACACUCAUAACCGCGGUCCUGCUUCACGUGGCAUUGUGCAUGGACAUCCCGGCCCCGGUACAUCUGGUCCUGUCUUCCCAGUAUUUCGUCCACUUAUUGUCCUGGGAAAAGGGUCCCGGCUCUCCUGAUGGCGUCCGCUUCUCCGUCAAGAUACGGGCACUCAGUGGGACAAAGCUGGUGGUGAAGGAGUGUGAGAAUGUGACGUCUCCUCUGCGGUGUAAUCUCACAGAAGCCUUAUCCGAUGUGGAGGAGACCUAUUACGUCAGUGUGGUUGCUUCUCUGGGCAAACACACCUCGGAUUCCCACUGCCCCCCAUUCCAACCCAUUCUGAACACUACGCUGGAGCCGCCGCUGCUGUCCGUCGCCGCAUGCAAUCGCUCGCUCUGUGUGAGUCUCCGAGCUCCUGCUGAGAAACUGCACAGCGUCUACGAUUCGCACCGGUUCGACUAUAGACUGGUGGUCAGCAGUGCAGACGGAGCCGAGUUUCCAGUGGACACUGAAGGGUUGAGGAACGUGACCGUUAAGGAUCUGACCCCGGGCCGAAGGUACUGUGUGAACGUCAGUAUCGUGGGUCGCAACACACCACACAGAGACCCGGUGUGUGCCGACGUCCCUCACACCGCUGAUGUCUCAGAUGUAGUGAUCUCUGUCGUCCUGUGUCUGCUGACGCUGCUGCUGUUACUGAUGUGUUCUCCGAGGCUGGUCUCUCGCUUCUUCUGUCUGACUCCACCGCUUCCAGCAGUUCUGAGCUCGAUCGAGAGUGGGAAUAAAGUUCUUCUCUUCACUCCCGCUGAACUCAUCCACACACUCUUCGAGGACACCGCCUCGGUCCAGAAGACGAAGAUAAGCAGCGAGGAGGAAGACGAGGAGGAGACUGUGACGUUCAAGAGAAUCGUGGCACACUAUCUGGACGCUCGAGGUUCCUCUCUGCUCCUCUGCCCAGUGUCCUCUAGCUGUGAGUCGAGUGGCGAUGUCCACGCGAGCCUCAGCUCCUCCACAGACGCUCCGAGUCUGAUUGUGUUCGAGGACGGCCCUGAGCCGACAGCUUCUCCUCGGGGAACGAGUGCUCUCCAGCGCUCGAGCAUCGCUCUGCACACACACGAGGACGACGGAGAGAGCGCGACUGAUGUGAACCUGUUCUCCGUGACCAUACGAGGAGUUUCUGCUGAACCUGUGGAAACCUGCAGUGUUAUAGACGAGCUGGGCUUAUAUCCUCAGAACCUGUUACUGACUGAUCCACAGUCACACAACUCCCCUGGGAAACACAUCUCAGAGGAAGAGGAGGAAGAGGAUGAGGAAUGCUCGGGGUACUUGAGUCGAAAUUAGAUUCCUGGGAAAUGAACUAAAUCCUUUGC